AUGAGGUGCAACCCAACGACUUUCCGAGGGUUAACCAGAGUAAAGCAAGUGCUUAAUACAGCAUCACUGUUACUAAUUGCUAAUCUUUGCUCUCCAUUUCGGAAUUGA